AUCUCUCUCCCCUUAAGUCCAGCGUCUUCGCAAGUGGUUCCUCGGCUCUACCCAGCACCAUGAUGUUGGUCUCCAGGAAAGGGACUUUUGUUUCCCUAUUGUCCUUUGUACUUUUCGCGAGUCUCAUUGGCAAAUCGACAGCCUCCCUGGGCGAUCAUCUCCCGGAUUUCAGGGAAUGUGUUGAGAUAUGCAAAACUGAGAACUGCAACGAUGGCGAGUCUAUCAUCCCGUUCCACCUUCGCCUCAUGCUGUGGACUUGUCCCGCCGAGUGCGAUUAUACCUGCCAACACAUUGUUACGGACCGUCGAGUCGCCCGCGAUCCCCCCAUGAUCACUCCGGUUGUGCAAUUCCACGGCAAAUGGCCGUUCCGCAGAAUCCUCGGCAUGCAAGAACCGUUCUCGGUCUUGUUCUCUAUCCUCAAUUUCCUAGCCCAUUGGUACGGCAUGGGUCGUAUACGCGAAAUCAUUCCCGCCUGGCACUCCCUCCGGAAAUACUACAUCGCGUUCGGAUACUGCGGUCUGGCGUGCUGGACGUUUAGCACGAUCUUCCAUACUCGCGACUUCGCUGUGACAGAGAAAUUGGAUUACUUUGGCGCUGGUGCGAACGUGAUGUACGGUUUGUAUCUUGCUGUUAUUCGAAUUCUCCGCCUGGACCAAGAAGAGCCCGCCCCCAAGCCGACUCUGCGCCGCCUGCUGACCGCAACCUGCAUCCUUCUGUAUACGAUGCAUGUCUGCUAUCUCAGCUUCUGGUCCUGGGAUUAUACCUACAACAUGAUUGCGAAUAUCGUGAUCGGGAUGAUCUCCAAUGUUCUGUGGGUGGGUUUCAGCGUAUCGCGCUACCAGAAACAGGGCAACAACAAGCCCUGGACUCUUUGGCCUGCGUUGAUUGUGGCCUGGAUCAUGCUGGCCAUGAGCCUCGAAUUGCUGGACUUUGCUCCUUGGCACGAGCUCAUUGAUGCUCACAGUUUAUGGCAUCUGGGGACGGUGAUCCCAACGUUAUGGUGGUACCUAUAUCUUGUCAAGGACGUCCAGGAUGACGUGGCUGGAGACCGGCUGAAGGCCUGAGCGGUAAACUACAUGUGUGUGUGUUUACUCGCCUUAUACAUGUGAAGUUGUGGUAAUUUUCUGUUCGACUGCUUGCAUUGGAAGUGGCCAGCUGUUGUGUAGGUCCAGGUGACUGCUAUACGAUGCACUCCGUAUAAUAUUUAUGUUGAGAUACUCGGUAUACCAUUGUUGUAA